UCAAGUGAGAAGUGAAAAUCGCAAGUGUUAUUAAUCAGUGUUUAAAAUUAUUUAAACUCCAAAUAAACGACAUUUAAACAAGUGAAUUGCUGCAAAAAUGUCAGUUAUUCCAAUUCUGUUCCGUGACUGGUGGGAAGACUACUACGAUAUGCCACAUUUCGGAAGCGGUCUCACAGCUGGUGACUUACUAACGGCCCUCACUUCAGCAGCAGCAACAUGUUCGGCACUUCAACAGACUCGCCCACGAGUUGGUUACAAUCGACCAUGGCGUAACAGCAGCCUUGCCUCACAUCAGGAUACCAGAUCUGCGGUCAAUGUUGGCGAUGAUAAGUUCCAGAUCAAUUUAGACGUGCAACAAUUUUCACCGAACGAGAUUUCUGUGAAAGCAAUUGACAACAGUAUUCUGGUAGAAGCAAAGCACGAAGAAAAACAGGACGAACACGGUUACAUCUCCAGACACUUUGUACGCCGGUAUAUGUUGCCUGAUGGACAUGACCCCGAAGGAAUCGUUUCAUCGCUUUCGUCAGAUGGAAUUCUCACAAUCACUGCUCCGAAGAAAUCACUUCCCGAACCAGAAGAACCCAGAUCGAUUCCCAUAACACAAACUGGUCAACCGAUGAAGAAGAUAGUUGAGAAGCCGAAAGAGAAACAGUCUGAGAAGUCAGUUGAAAAUGGUAAAUGAUUCCUACAUAACCAAAGAUGUGCAUUUUUAUAAUAAUAAGACUUUAUGCUGGAGAUAUUAUUAAAAAUAUCGAAUAAACCUGUUUUGUUGAGCAAUUAAACUGAAAUCUCAUUUGAAAACGUGAUGACAAAAAUGGAGUUUUCAAGGUACUUGUAUUUCUAUGCA